UUCAGUUGCAAAUAAAUGGCGGUGGUGGUUAGUGACGAAACAGAUAUAUUUUUAUAGUAAAUAAACUAUUAUAAUGCCUUAUUGGUAUUACGAUAAAAAGGAUUUGCAGAACACACCGUCAUUUCGAGAUGGGAUCCCAAACGAAACGGAAAAUCGGUACAGGAAGGAAGGCGCGCGAUUUAUCAUCGACACAGGGUCAAAGAUGGACUUAGGUUAUAAUACAGUAGCCACUGGUGUUGUUUAUUUCCAUCGAUUCUACAUGUUUCAUUCGUUCAGAACAUUCCCAAGGUAUAUAACAGCGUGUUGUUGCCUUUUUCUCGCGGGGAAAGUCGAGGAGACACCAAAGAAGUGUAAAGAUAUAAUAAAAGUUGCCAAAUCGUUGUUAACCGAGCACAAGUUUGGUACGUUUGGUGAUGAUCCCAAAGAGGAGGUGAUGACCUUGGAGAGGAUUUUGCUGCAGACAAUUAAAUUCGACCUGCAAGUAGAACAUCCAUAUGGUUACCUUCUUAAGUAUGCCAAGUGCCUUAAGGGAGACAAGGCUAAAUUGCAAAAAAUGGUCCAAAUGGCUUGGACUUUCGUUAAUGAUAGCUUAUGCACAACACUCUGCCUCCAAUGGGAGCCAGAAGUUAUAGCAGUAGCGCUAAUGUUCCUCGCCGGCAAGCUGAGUAAGUUUGAGGUGGUGGACUGGAAUGGGCGGGCGCCCAAACACAGUGCAUGGUGGGACAUGUUCGUUGAGGACAUCACUAUGGAACUGCUAGAGGAUAUCUGUCAUCAGGUGCUAGAUCUCUAUUCGCCGCAGACGCAGCCGUCCGGCGGCGACUCCCCUCCCUCGCAGCAGGGCGCAAAACCGCCAAAAAACGACAAGAAGCCCUCCGUUACACCGCCCACUUCCGCAUCACCUGUCGCCGUCACUAAAACCGUCACACCGGUGAAGAACGGUGAUAAAAUCGAGCCCCCGAAAAUAGAUAUGAGGUUCACAUAUCCAGGCUACCCGGCGAUAACAUACUGGCUUAAUUUUGAGCCUCACUAA